UCGGACGUCAGUACACUGACUUCGGCAUGAGCAUCAUCGACACUGCUGACAGCGGCGGCCGAGACGUAGGCAACCAAAGCGAAGAGUAGUACCUAAUGGCAAUAAAGAAACUCGAAUUAUUUGUUUUGUCACAAAUGUGAACAUCCUGUUUGCAACGCCACCACUAAGUUGAGUUGUUACUUACGUAUUUGAACAUUUUUGCGAAUUUGUGGGAUGAGACUAGAACACUCGAUUGUUUCUGAUGCUGUUUGCCAAAUUUGGUGGCGCUUUUAUAAGACCAGAUUCGGUUCAAUGUUAUGCCAGCUUCAUUUCCAUAAAAUCGGGAAUCUGUUGUGAGCGAAUUCACUCUCCUGCAUCAAUGUGCAUGUGUGUGUGUGUAUGUGGUUGUGUGUGGAUGAUUGCAAUUGCGUUUUAAUCCCGUUGCUUUAACUGUGUUUCUGCUAAUGCGCCGGCUGAUGAAAUCCAGCUAAACUUGUUCUAAUUGUAAGAGCGUCUCAGUUAUGAAUUGUUUGUCGCCAAAAUGCACCGGUAACUGGUUCAAUUCGCCUAAUUGGCAAGACUUUUACAUUUCAUUUUAUUUCAUUUUAUACGUAUAUUCGUUGUUUAUACUCAAAAUAACAAAUUUGUCGAUCGUUGCACAAUAUUAAUAUUCAUUUAAAUAUUUUCUGCAUUUUGUGUUUGGUUCGGACCACUUUCCAGUUGUUCUAAAUUAGUCAACUACCACUUUGUCAUCUAAUCUUGUGCAAAUCACAUCGAAAUUUAUGGUGCCUUUAUGGCUUGUGCCUUGGUGAUAUCUAAAUACCUUAAUAUAGACUAUAGGUCAACCGAUGACAGAAAUGAAUAAUUAAAAACGAAAACGUGCUGUUUGCUUAACACUUUUUCUUCUUUAUUGCAUUCGACACCGCUUACGCGAUUAUAGUCGGGCUUACAACUGUUUGGCGACAAUUGGAGAUUCCAAGUGUAGCCAAGUCUUUCCCCACCUGGUCUUUCCAAUGGAGGUGAGGUCUUCUUCUUCCUCUGCUUUCCCAGGCGGGGCUCAGAGAAGUCCUUCGCGAUCCUGACGAAAUUUUCGGGAUACCAAAUUCAGACAUAGCGGUAUGAAGGCAACUCCUUUCUGUGCUUUUUUUUAUUUGCAGUGUGCCGAUCCUUCAUGGGUCUUCAUGGGUCUUUUCCAAGAUUUAGUGCAUGGUGAAUAUCUGGUCGAAUGUUGAUUUACCAGGCCUAAAGCCACACUGAUAAGGUCCAAUCAAUGAGGUUGACGGUGGGCUUUCACACUCGAUAGAACCUUAUAAGCGAUGUUGAGGAGGCUUAUCCCACGGUAGUUGUCGCAGAUUGCACACUUAAAUUCCAAUCCUCGGGCAUGCUUUCGUUUGACCAUAUUCUACAAAGAAGUUGAAUCAUGCUUCUAUAAUGCCACUUUGUUGUUCUUCAGCCGGGUAAUUGUUAUUUGAACUUCUUCAAGGUCGGGCAAUGGACGGUCUGUUCCAUUGUCAUCGAUUGGGGAAUCGGGUUCGCCUUCUCCUGGCGUUAUGCUUUCGCUGCCAUUCAGCAGGCUGGAGAAGUGUUUUAUCCAUAAUUUUAGUAUGCUCUGAGCAUCGGUUUCUAGAUUAUCUCUAAGGGUUAUACAAGAGUGUGCUCCGGUCUUGAAACCUUCUGUUAGUCGGGAACUUUUCAAUUGACCUGUUAACUUCACGAUAAUGUCUGAAUUAUAUAGGUAUAAUGUCUGUAUUAUAUAGGUAUAUAAUGAUAUAUAAUUGAUGAGACUUCAGAAAACUUCUAUGUGCUCUGAAUAUUUUGUAUGAAACCAACUUUCCUUAUAAGAAUAUCAAUACCAAGUUAACGAUUAAGUUUAUGUCACGGCUUACUAUCACAGUGCUGGCGGUUAUUUUAUUUCUAUGUAAAAUUUCAGCGAUCAAUGACUAGCUUAGCUAUUUCUGUUUUCUAUUUUAUACUGGAAAGGUUUCAGACUCUAAAACCAUCUAGAAAGCCGAACUAGUGGAAUAUUCGAGUAACUCAGUCGUGGAUACUAAAAUAUGCUUUGUAUGACCCUGAGCUCAUAGAUAGUUUGAAAAUCUGAAACUUGUUGAAAGAUGACAAAAGUACUUGACUUACUGACAGACAGACAUACAUCACUUAAGCGUCUCUGAACUUUUUUCAGCAUAUUCGAUUUCAUAACGUAGACGACUUGAUUAACUGCUUUGUUCAUGGAUUAUGGAAAUUAGCACAUGUGAGUGGAGCUAAUCUACGAAAUCAACUAAUUAAUGUUGAAUUUGUGAGUGACAGCGAUUUGCAUUUCAAUUUCAGUCAAGCAUUACUUCUGGCAAAUAAAACAUAAAUGUCACAUAUUUUCAAAGUAAUUUCAAACAAAAUCUCAGAACUGGUUAGUUCUUAAAAGUAUAUGUAUGUGUUCCUCAAAUAUAUCAAAAACAACGGCAAUUAUUUGUUCAUUAUUCUAUAUUUCACACCUUUCAUUUUCAUUUAUGAAUAAUCUUCACAUAUGGCUCUGAGCAACUUCAAACACUUUUGUAACAUCGUUGCCUGAUCUUCGGUUACUUGUUGCACCCAUAUAGUCGUACCAAACGAAAGAAAUAAAUUUGAAACGUUGUUUUGGGUUGUGGGCGCGGUUUACUGGCCUUGCGUCAGAUUUAUUGCCAAAAUAGAGCGAGACUUGUCACACGGCUUACCUACUGAACUACAUGUGUGGAUACCUGGGCAUUUUUGUUGCGCAGAAGCGACGCGAGCAGCGGACGGAUGCGCCGAAAAGUAGUUUGUUUGUUUUAGAAAUAUUAUUUCAUUUUUGGCGAUGACAAGACUUACCGUUGGGACGCCAAUAAAUCUGUUGGCUGUUUCCAAACAGAGAGGUGAUACGCAUAAAUUGUCGAACUGCGGCACAAAACGAAACUAUCUCACGGUAUAAAUACCAAUGCGUCUUUGACCACAGAGCAUUCUUUUGUUUGAUUCCAACAAGCGAUUACCUGGAACUAAUUAUAAAUAUGUUCAAAUAUCUUAUCUUCUUUGCUGCCGUCGGGCUCAGCCACAGCCUUACCACUUUUGGUCGAUCUGCCAGUAUCAGCAGCAGGAGCUCGCAUCCCAGUGGCGAUGAAGCUCACGCAGAAAUAAAGGCCAUGCGCUCCGAUGUGCGUCCAGAUGGUUUCGAGUACGCACUGGAGACCAGCAAUGGUAUUCAAUCUGCACAGUCGGGCGAUGCGAGCGGCAAUGUACAUGGCGAUUUCCAAUGGGUUUCACCUGAAGGUGAACAUGUGCAAAUCUCCUACAUUGCCGACGAGAACGGCUAUCAGCCAAAGAGUGAUCUUCUGCCAACCCCGCCUCCAAUUCCAGAGGCCAUUCUCCGAGCGCUCGAAUACAUACGCACUCAUCCACCUAAAGAGGAACCGAAGCGCCGUAUCUCAGCUCCUUCCACCUCCUAUAAGCCGCCCAAGAAGCCCACCCCUCGUCGCAAAUAUUAAGUGAGAGGUGCAAAGCACAAAAUGGUCAGCUCGAAUGCUCGAAGCAUUUGUACGAGUAAUAUUCUUGUAUUUGUGCAAAAGUCAAAUAUUCUUUCAAAAGGAAAUAUAUAAUUCACAAAAAAAUUCGAAGAAGAACUUAUUAUUACGUGUUAUUAUUUACAUACAUACGUUUAUUAAUCAGUUAAUGAUAACUGCGAAGCAUGAAAGGGUAGAAUAAUUUUCAAGUUGAGCCUUAAAAUGCUUCGAUUAGUAGGUCAAGUUUUCAUCGCUUGUUCUGAUAACGGUUUGUUAGUAAAUAAAUGUACGUACUCGCAUACUUCUCUUUACAUUACACUUCUCAUUACCAACACUACUGAAAGAGACGUGAAUUCUCUUUUAAAUGAAGUCGGUCUCUCUUUUCGAUGAAAAUGUCUGUAGGGCCUUGGCUUAUGCUGCGUAACCGUACGAUUCUCAUUAUCUAUUGCUUUCAGCUGCUUACUGAAAUAUACUCUCUUAUAAGCUGACAUCUUAGCUUACAAGACACACAUUGAAGUUAGUAUUAGAGUUCAGUCAUUCAAAAUUCCUAGUUUUAAUUACUCCUGAUUUCUGUUGUAUUCCCAUAGAGCAUAUGAGGCAGAUAAGACGCUGGGCACAUGACUACAACUACGGCUUGAUGCGAGUAUACGGCGGCGCUCAACCCUACAUAAUGA